AUGGCCAAAAAAAGAGAAUGCCCCAUUUGUUUAGAAGAUAUCACCUCUAAUGAUCCUUCAUAUACAUUGACAAUACCCUGCAAGCAUUUUUAUCACAAGUCGUGCAUUCUUUCAUGGACCUCAAAAUCAGCAUCUACCUGUCCUCAGUGCCGAAAUGAGCUAACGUCAUUAUUCACGCCAGCUGAUCAGAAGACUAUAAAGAUCAACCAUAAAGUACAGGAUAAACUGGUUGACUUGAUCAAUAAUCACCCAUCUGAACCGUCGUCGUCUAUCAUUUCUACAAAUGGACUAUCACAUAUAGAAAUUAAUACAGAAUCGGCUUUAUCAAGACCAAACGGCCCACUUUUUUCAAAUACACACCAACAGGUACAACAACAGUUAAACACAAAUAUCAGGCAUUUGUCUAAUCAGCAAUGCAGUAUUUGCGAUAACACAGUACUCAUUACACAACUGAUAAUAUGUCCACAGUGUUCAGGUUUGUACCAUCGCUCAUGUUGUGAUGGUCUUAAUUGCCCCUUUUGCGAAGAAUGGAUCGAUGAUUUAGCUUGUUCUACCGUGACCACAAAGAAGAGGAAAACUUUGGAUCGAUCAGCUGAUGAUACUCAAUACUAUACAAAGAUAGCCGACGAUAUGAAAAAGAGAGUGAAGGAAGAUAGCAGUAAAAAGGUUGAGGAACAGGUCACAAACCUUGCAUGGGAAGAGUUGACUCGUAUUAAGGAGAGUGGUGCCAAUGUGGGCUCUGAGCUAAGGAUAACAAAUCCACUUUCUCCGCCUCAUACUAGCGAAAGUAAUGAGAAGCAACUAAAAACUCCAAAGAAAAGGAAGAAGCAUGUCCAAUUGACGGAAUCAGCUCUAUCGUUGCUUGAUCCCAAGUUUAAAAGGCAUGAAGUGGUGACAAUAAGGGGAUUAUCAUUUACCCAGAAAUUGUUAGUGCAAAGAUUGAUACUUAAACCACGGCUAAGAAAGGAAAUAGCUGAUAAACUUACGUUUCAAGCAUACACCGACCUAAAUAAACAUUUGUCACAUGUUUUGUACGGCUAUAUCCAAGAAGUCCCCCGGGCAAUAUCAAUGAUGAAUGCAGUUAUUGAAUUAGCGGAGCGUGAAGGACAUAUGCCACUCAAGGAUAGGAAAAGUUUGGAUAAAUUUGCACUCACAUUUAAAGGGGAUACAUUGAUCGAUAAGUUCAAAAAUUGCGAUUGGGGCGAUGAAAGUAUAUUACAGAAUUUAAUUGAUGAAGAGAUACGUAAAUGGAUAUAA